AAGGAUCAGGGAUCCGCUUGGGGCCAGGGCGGGUCGGGGCCGGGUCGGGGCCAGCACGGGGCUGUGGUCGGGGCCGAGCUGAAGCCAUGAAGCGGGACGUGCGCAUCCUGCUGCUGGGCGAGGCCCAGGUGGGGAAGACGUCUCUGAUCUUGUCGCUGGUGGGCGAGGAGUUCCCCGAGGAGGUUCCUCCCCGGGCAGAAGAGAUCACAAUUCCUGCAGAUGUCACCCCGGAGAAGGUGCCCACCCACAUCGUAGACUACUCAGAAGCUGAGCAGACCGACGAGGAACUCCAGGAUGAGAUCCGCAAGGCAAACGUGGUGUGUGUGGUGUAUGAUGUCUCCGAGGAGGCCACCAUCGAGAAGAUCAGAACCAAGUGGAUCCCUAUGGUGAAUGGGAGAACCGAGAGGGGCCCCAGGAUCCCCAUCAUCCUGGUGGGCAACAAGUCGGACCUGUGGCCGGGGGGCUCCAUGGAGGCCGUGCUGCCCAUCAUGAGCCAGUUCCCUGAGAUCGAGACCUGUGUGGAGUGUUCGGCCAAGAACCUGAGGAAUAUCUCGGAGCUGUUUUAUUACGCACAGAAGGCUGUGCUGCACCCCACAGCCCCACUGUACGAUCCUGAAGCCAAGGAGCUGCGGCCCGCGUGCGUCCAGGCCCUCACACGCAUCUUCAGACUCUCAGACCAGGACCUGGACCAGGCGCUCAGUGAUGAGGAGCUCAACGCUUUCCAGAAGUCCUGCUUCGGACACCCCCUGGCCCCGCAGGCUCUGGAGGAUGUGAAGAUGGUGGUGAGCAAGAAUGUGGCAGGUGGUGUGCGGGAUGACCGACUGACGCUGGACGGUUUCCUCUUCCUGAACACAAUCUUUAUCCAGCGCGGCCGCCACGAGACCACCUGGGCCAUCCUGCGGCGCUUCGGCUACGGUGAUUCUCUUGAGCUCACAGACGACUACCUCUACCCCUCGCUCCCCGUGCCCCCAGGCUGCACCGCUGAGCUCAACCACUUUGGCUACCAGUUCCUGCAGAGGGUGUUUGAGAAGCAUGACCAGGACCACGAUGGCGCUCUCUCGCCCUUGGAGUUGCAGAGUCUCUUCAGAGUGUUCCCCGCGGCCCCCUGGGGCCCCGAGCUGCCCCGCACAGUGUGCACCGCGGCCGGGGACCGGCUUCCCCUGCACAGCUUCCUCUGCCAGUGGACCCUGGUGACCUACCUGGACGUCCAGCGCUGCCUUGGGCACCUCGGCUAUCUGGGGUACCCCGUCCUCUCUGAGCACGACUCCCAGGCCCACGCCAUCACAGUCACCCGCGAGAGAAGGCUGGACCAGGAGAAGGGGCAGACGCAGAGGCGCGUCCUCCUGGGUGAGGUGGUGGGGGCGCGCGGGGUGGGCAAGUCCGCCUUCCUGCAGGCCUUCCUCGGCCGGAGCCUAGGGCUUCAGGAACCCACCACGGCGCCUUCUGUGUACGCCAUCAACACGGUGCACGUCAGCGGGCAAGAGAAAUACCUGAUACUGCGUGAGGUGGACGCGGACGGCCCGCUGGACGUCACGUCAGAUACCGCUUGUGACGUCGCCUGCCUGUUGUUCGACAGCAGCAACCCCGCGUCCUUCGCGUUCUGCACCAGGGUCUACAAGCAGCGUUACCUGGAUGGGCAGACACCCUGCCUCUUCGUCUCCUCCAAGGCCGACCUGCCCCCGGGCGUCUGGCCACCAGGCCCAUCCCCGGCUGAGUUCUGCCGCAGGCACCUGCUGCCCGCUCCCGCCCGGUUCUCUUGUGCUGGCUCGGCUGCACCCAGCACCGCCAUCUUCAGCCAGCUGGCCACCAUGGCCACCUUCCCACACCUGGUCCACGCGGAGCUGCACACCACCUCUUUCUGGCUCCGGGUGACGCUGGGGGUUGCUGGGGCCGCCCUGGCUGUUGUGCUCAGCUUCUCCCUCUACAGGGCCCUGGUGCGGAGCCGAUGAGGCCGGCCUGAGGCCCUCCUGCCUGGCCCCAGCGCUGGCUAGGCCCUGCAGUCUGCCCGGGGCUUUCUCUGCUUGGACUUUUGCUGAGGACUGCCCAUGCUGCACCCCACCCUGGAGGUCAGCUCGUCCAGCCCUGUCUGAGGGGCCUCCUUUCCUGGCAGCCUGGGCCCCACCACGUAUUGGGCAUCGUGUGUGUUGAGGGGACUGGGGGCACAGAUGAGGAAGCUGGUGACCCCAGAUGUGGAAGUCUCAGGGCCCCACUGCCUCCUUCCUGGUCCUGGGCCCGAGUGGUCAGCAGGGGUGGCAGGGGUCAGAAGUAGGGGUGGGCAGGAAGUGCUGGGACCACGUGUAGCUCCCUGGGGUCCGUGUGGGCCCACCUUCCACUGCUUUGGAUGGCUCUUGCCUGCUCUCUCAUUGGAGACAUGAGACUGGGUUUUCUGAUUAAACUUCAGUUUUCUUUUCUACCUCUCGGCCCCCAUUCUUAAAGGUAGUUUUUCAGUGAAUCCGUCUAAAACUCGUGCUCCGUUUAGCGUGGCUGGAAACGCGCGGCUCUCGCCAAUCCCUUCCAGAGGCCUCGGGACGCCUC